CCCCCCAAGCCCGGCCGGGAGGAUGAGCGGCGGCAGGCGGAAGGAGGAGCCGCCACAGCCGCACUUGGCCAACGGGGCCGUCCGGGGCUCGGCCUGGAGCAAGGCGCUGCGCAGCGACGCCGCCUGGGAGGACAAGGAUGAAUUUUUAGACGUGAUCUACUGGUUCCGACAAAUCAUUGCCGUCAUCUUGGGAGUUAUCUGGGGAGUCGUGCCACUGAAGGGAUUCAUAGGCAUCGCAAUAUUCUGCUUGAUCAACGCUGGAAUCCUGUAUCUGUACUUCAGCAGCUUCCAACAGAUAGAUGAGGAAGAGUAUGGCGGAACAUGGGAACUGACAAAAGAAGGAUUUAUGACAUCUUUUGCACUGUUUUUGGUUGUUUGGAUAAUCUUUUACACUGCCAUCCACUACGAUUGACUCGGUCUACAGUCCACACCUGCCAAAGCUGUCAAAGCAAAAGAACAUUAUAAUUUCAGCCUGCAGAGGACUGGGGCGAGGGGAAGUGAAUAGCCUUUUGUACUAAUAAUAGUCAAAGGGGCAUUUCAACUACAUGGAGCUUGGGAAAACCAAUUCUCCUGAACUGAGAAGCCUGUUGGUUAUCACUGUUUUAUAAAAAAAAAUACCACGUCUUGGAACUUUUUAAAAAACCAUCAAUUUUUUUUUUCCUUUUUGAAACCGGUCAAGACUAUUCGAUUACCAGCUACUGUCUCUGUCUUUGCUGAAUUGUCGCUGACUAAGCACCAGUUUGUUGAAUGGAUCUAAUGAUUUAACUUGUGUUUUACUCCCCUAAAAUGUGGAUGAAGCACAAGUUGGUUUGUCUUCCAGUUGUCCUUCAGGCAUCCGAUUUUUAAAAAGAGUACAUUUAAGUAUUUAAAGUCAUUUUAUGAAUUGAACGUGGCAGUAGGUGUGUGCUUCAUAGUACAUGGCAGCCAAUAGCGGCCCUCAGUUUCCAUUUUAGAAUGCUUAACGAUAACUUGAAUAAAUCAAGUCUUUAAUUGAAUUCACUGUUAAGAUAUAUGUUGUUUUCCCCUCAUUAGAGUCCAAGAUCUCUAAAAUAUAGAAAUGUCCAUUGGUAUAUAUCUAUCUUUGAUUUAAGAGGGCGUGAUCUAAUUUUAAACAGUCAUUAUGCUUAAAGCCAAUCAAGCAAGCUACCUACAGCAAUUUUCACAGCCCACCCGAAUUGCAUAACGUAAAUGAAAGAAAAUCAUUUGAAUAAUACUUCUAAAGUUUGUAAAGAGCUAUGUUCUGAUAUUUAAAACUUUUAGACUAUAAAGUAAAAUCAGGGUUAACGCUAUGAUCGCGCGAAGGAGCUGAGGUUGCUAGACUGGGCAGUUUUACAAGCCCGUCCGCUGGCCGUGAUCGAAUAAACUAAAGAGAAGGCAAUUGACUAAA